AUGAACGCUCUACGAACUGCGGCUCGCCUCUGGAAAUGGCGGAAUCCGCACUUCAAACUUCCAACAGAGCUAAGAUGCUAUAGUUCGUUUCACGGACGAAAUCAAUUUGGGGAGAUAAACAAGUUCCUGAAAAUCUCAGAAGAGGUGCAAGAUGCUGUGGCUUCAUCGAGGCCUGUUGUAGCUUUGGAGACGACUAUUUAUACGCAUGCAUCCCGACUAGAGUCGAUUGUACGAGAGGGAGGUGCGGUUCCUGCUACUAUAGGUGUCCUCAACGGCGUUGCUCGAGUGGGAAUGGCACCUGAUGAGCUCGCCGAGCUCGCAUCUUCAUCCCAAACCCAGAAGAUCUUGAAGGUCUCUCGUAGGGACCUCGGAUAUAUUUGUGGCCUGGGUCUGAGCGGGAAGAAGAUGAAUGGAGGGACUACAAUUGCUGGUACCAUGGUGCUCGCUCAUAUUGCGGGGAUCAAAGUAUUUGCUACUGGUGGCCUCGGUGGUGUGCACCGUGGUGGGGAAAACUCUAUGGAUAUAUCUGCCGACCUCACUGAGCUUGGUCGAACUCCUGUUGCGCUUAUCAGCUCAGGUUGUAAAAGCUUUUUAGAUAUCCCGCGGACGCUUGAGUACCUCGAGACCGAAGGGGUGAUGGUUGGAGUCUUUGCAGAUGGACGUGAGGGAAGUGUGGAUUUCCCUGCUUUUUAUACCAGAAACAGCGGAAUAAAAGCACAGAAAAUCAUAUGUGAUGAAGCUGAAGCAGCUGCCAUCAUUUAUGCACAAUCCCGUCUAAACAUAUCUUCGGGUUUGGUUUUCGCCAAUCCAGUGCCAGGGGAAUUUUCAUUCCCCAAGAAGGAGAUAGAUGAUAUAAUAGAACAAGCCCUUGAAUCCUCUAAGCUUGAAGACAUCCAUGGCAGUGAUAACACCCCUUUCGUUCUAGCUAAAAUUAAGGAGUUGAGUCAUGGAAAAAGCGUGACUACGAACACAGCUUUGGUAGAGAGCAAUGUGGAACGCGGAACCAAAGUUGCGUUAGAGCUUGCCAAACUGGAAAAGGGAUGUCAAGUGGAAGAGAAUCGACAAAGCUUAGGGGGAGUUGGCCACAACGUAGCUCUAGCAGCGAAUUACGCUGGCAGCUCAGUGCUCCUUUGCAGCGUCGUUGCGGACGAUCUCAGCGGCCGUGCAGCGCUCUCUGGCCUAAAAAACUGUCAAUCUAAUCUGCAAGUUCAAGGUAUCCAAGUUCUUAGCCUAGCCACUGGCUCCAGGACUUCUCAAUAUGUCUCUGUCAAUGACGAGAGGAAAAAUCUCAUGCUUGCCAUGGCAGAUAUGGCUAUCAUGGAAACGCCUGAGCAGCAUCUUGAUUUCGACACAUGUGGCGCCCUCUUAUCCACAGCGCACGGCCCAGCUGGAUCGUCAUCGAUGCGAAUUGGAGCCCAGAUGUCAUCGCAAACGCGAGAAUCUGGCCUCUUCGAGAGCGCGGAAUGGUGGCAAGUCAUCAACUCACUAGAAAUGCCUAGUAAUGGCUCGCGCGAUCGACUAGUCUCUGCAACAAACUCUCAGCUCGUAGAUGAAGGGGUCCCGCAACAAAGCAUUCAGCUUCUGCCUUUUAUCCCCUGCAUAAUCACCAAACUCGGCCCGAAGGGCGUCUUACUUACUCAGAUCUUGCCGCAUGAUGAUGAGCGGCUUCUCUCUGCGGAUUACGCAUGUUAUAUCUUGAGCAGAUCUUAUGGCGGUGGUAGCAAUGGCCCUGUUGGCGGGGUUUACAUGCGUCUCUUCCCGCCGGAAGAAGUCCUGGGGGAUAAGAAUGUGGUCAGUGUUAACGGUGCUGGUGACACGUUGCUUGGGGUGAUUGUUGCGGGACUUGCUAAGUGUGAAUGGAAGGGUGAUGCGGGCUUGAGGAGUUUAGACGAUAUCAUUCCUGUUGCCCAGAGGGCUAGUAUAGAGACGCUGAAGAGUACAGAUGCAGUGAGCAAGGAGAUUUCAGGUCUAGAAGGAUUAUUACGGUGCAGAUAA